CUGCUUAUAAAAGCGAUGGAAAGCGAGCGAGGGAACACAGCCCACCUCGGUGCCUCCUCUCCACACAGGCGUCAUGAAUGCUCUUUUGGUGAUAUCGGCGUGCGUGUGCGCGGCCUCAGGCCUCCCGCAGUACUACCCGUAUGCUGCGCCAGGAUACGCCGCCGUUGCACCAAUCGUAGCUCCAGCCCCCGAAGUGACGUACGAAUACAACGUGAUCCCAGACACCGCGCCCGUUCCCGAGGCCCCCGCGCCCCAGGUGUACGCGGCGGCCGCGCCCUUCGUCCCUACCGAAUACAAGACGCAGUAUCACUCCCAGGAUGAGCUCGGUCAGUUCGCCUUCGGCCACGCCUCCGCUGGGCAGGCCCAUUCCGCCAGCAGGGAUUACACCGGAGCCGUGCGCGGAUCCUACACUUACAUCAACGCCGAGGGCAAGGAAGUCGUCGCACACUACAUCGCUGAUGCCGGCGGCUUCCGCAUUUCCUCCAACGCCCUGCCCGUCGCUCCCACCUUCACCGGAGAGGCCCCCGUCGCCCCAGAGUUCAACCUCGAGGCUCCCGUGUUCGACUUGGAGGUGGCAAAGGACACUCCCGAGGUGGAGGCUGCCAAGGCCGAGCACUUCCGCUUGGUGGAGGAGCACAAGGCCGCUGUGGCUGCUGCCCUCGCUCAAGCCGAAGCUGUAGAAACUGAAACCGAGGCUCCUGCUGCUGAAGAAGUCGUAGAGGCUGCAGAGGAGGCACCUGAAGAAACCGUAGAAGCUGCUGAAGAAGCACCUGAGGAGGCGGCUGAGGAGGCGGCCGAGGAGGAGGCCGUGGAGGAGGCCGAGGAGACAACCGAGGCUGCUCCAGAGGCUGCAGAAGAGACAACCGAGGAAGAGAGCGCAAGCCGCCGUAAGCGAAGCGUGAUUCUCGGCAACCAGGUGGUCUUCCCAGAGUUCUACAAGGCCGUGCCCGUAGAACCACUGACACUUAAAGUCGAGGCAACCGCUGCACACCCAGCCAAUGCUCCCGUGCGCGAUGCUGAGCUCCUGCGCGUUGUGCACAACCCCGGGCACGCUGUUGCCUAUCGCGUCUACUAAGAGCCGUCUUGAUCACUGGACUUUUGCCCAAAUUUACUUAUCAUACAUUAUCUGCCGUGGAUAUUACCAAUGACACUUGGUGAUUAGAUUCUGUAAAUUUCCCUCUCACAUCUCUUCAAAACAUAAUUAGUCAAUCACAUGUAAAUAAAAAAAAAAUCAGUCUUGUGAAUACCAUAUCUAACAGGAAGAACUAUAUCCAACACAACUGUAACAGAUAAAACUAUUACCCUCAAAAUAUAAUUGAAGAUCACCA